UGGAGGAGGCAGGCAAUAAAUGGGGGUAGAGGUGUAGAAGUUGCACCCUUCAAGGCACACACACAACAUGGUCAUUUGAAUGAGACCUACUCUCCCCUCACCCCCUUCAAUUCGGUUCAGAGGCUGCUCCUGUCCUUAUCUCCAUUUUGCUUUCUCCUCCCCUCCCCUCUCUGGUGUGCAGACUGCAGCGGUUCAAGAUCGAACAGGUCUUGCUGAUCAUGCCCUGCGCUGCCGAGCUCGCCAAUGGCGAGGCGGCAGCAGGCGCGGUCAAGGUCGGCACGACCGGCACCAUCGGCUCGCUGAUGACGAGGGAGCUUGAGGCCAUCAAAGCCGCGCCGCCGCCGCAGGCCGCGCCGGCGACGACGCCGCGCCUGAGGCGGCAGGGCAGCCCGGUGUCCGUGCCAUGCGGGGCCAGCCCGAGGAAGAUCACGCUGAGGAAGAGCUCGUCCAGCGUCUCGAGCGGCGGCGGCGGCCAUGGCAGCAGUGGACGGAGGACUGACCGUGUGAGCGCCGAGGAGGAGACGGCGGCGGCGGCGGUGGCCUGCAAGCCGACGACGAGGAGGAGCUCUACGGCGGCCAGCUCGCCGAUGCUGCGCUCCGACGGCGUGCUCGUUGACCGGAGCAGCAAGCCGAGGAAGAAGAAGGCGCCGGCGGCGUCGUGCCGCGUCGCCGGCGUGGAGGUGGUGGACGUCAGGUGCGGCAACCCGAUGAGCAGCCGGCUCAGGAGGCUGGGUUUCUCCAAGCUGUCGGAGACGUUCGCGUAGACUGAAAACCGUCGGUGAAUAGGCCGUCUUCCUGACGGCAGCUAUCUCCUGUCGCUAAAUUGCAAUGUCCAGAUUGCAUUAUAUAUUGCUAGUAAUUAUUAAAAUUUUCAUUGCUGGUUUCUCUCAUGUAUGACCAAAGUUAAUUUAUGAGAAGCAUUUUUCGCCAAUCAGAAUGCGAGUUCUUCAUGGUGA